AUGGUCUCCGCCUGGUGUUCCAUCGCACUGGCCCUGCUUUUGGCUCUGCAGGAAGGAAAGGGUCAGGCAGCUGCCACCACGGAACAGCCAACCUCGGCACCCAAGGGUCGAGGCCCCCACCUGCGUUUUCGUCGGUGCUCCUGCAACUCCUGGCUUGACAAGGAAUGUGUGUACUUCUGCCACCUGGACAUCAUCUGGGUGAACACUGCGGGACAGACAGCUCCCUACGGCCUGGGAAACCCGCCAAGACGCCGGCGCCGCUCCCUGCCAAAGCGCUGUGAGUGCUCUACUGCCGAGGACUCUGCCUGUGCCACCUUCUGCCAUGGAAGACCCUGGCCUGAAGCUGUGGUCACCCCAAGCAGCCAGGCCCCUGCUGCUGUGUUAAAGACUGGCAAGACUCGGACUGCUGAGGGAGACCUCCUCCGAAAGCUAAGAGAUAUCUCAGUCGCCAAGCUCCGUUUUGCCAGGCUACGGCCGGAGGUGACAAGAGAGGCCAUCCCUGCACACUCUAGAUGGAGGAAGAGAUAACACCGUGAGCUACAGGACCGUUGAGAAAGAAGCCCACGUGGAGAUGGGAGGAAACGGGCAGCUGCUGGGAGAGCCUGCGCCUGUCUCCUAGGCCAAGGCCUCGAUCCUGGCUACCCUGACCUGUCUGAUGGUUCAGCGCAAGCUCUGGCCUCUCUUACGGCAGCUCUGUGCCUUUACACUGCCAGGGCCAUUCUCAGCACUCGGACAGCAGUGCUGGCUGCUGCCUACAGUCCUGCCUGGAGGAGCUAUGUAAGGACAA